CCUCAAUCAAUAUCUCGGGUUUUGUUCAAUCACAAAGACCUCCUCGUCGUUCUGUCCGACUUUUUUCGGUGCGCACGCCGUGUGCAUCCUUUGGUAUCUGUUGGUGAAGUCACUUGACGCUGCAGCUGCGGGCGAGACAAGGACUUGGUAAAAAGGAACCAUUUGACUGGGACGCAGACCAGUGGCUGCCUGAGGGAGCAAGAUACGAAAAAGAGACAAAAGGCAGCAGAGAAGGAGAGAACCAAGCAAGAGACCUGUGACCACAAAUAGAUCGCGCUCGUUCAAGAUGAAGCUCCUCUACCCGACCUCGCUGCGCCUGAACGUGCAAGACCUCGAGGGCUUCUCGGUGUCGCUGCACGCGUACGACGUCAAGAAGGAGAUCCCCGCGGAGCUGCUCGACGCCGAGGUGCUGGUGACCUGGACCAACACGCCGGCCAACCUCCAGCACGCGGCGCGGCACAUGAAGGGGCUGAAAUGGAUCCAGUCGCUGGCGGCGGGGCCCAACGACGUGCUCGCCGCGGGCUUCGACCCGGCCACGGUAACCAUCACGACGGGGUCGGGCCUGCACGACCGCACGGUGGCCGAGCACACGCUGGGCCUGCUGCUGGUGGCGGCGCGCAAGUUCCACGAGAUGCGCGACUACCAGAUGCGCGACCCGCCCGUGUGGCCGGCGCACCUGGGGGGCCCGCAGCCGGACCGGCCCCAGGGCGCCUUCACGACGCUGCGCGACGCCAACGUGCUGGUCUGGGGGUUCGGCAACAUCGCCAAGACGCUGACGCCGCUGCUGCGCCUGCUGGGCGCCAACGUGCGCGGGGUGGCGCGCCGCGCCGGCGUGCGCGACGGCGUCGAGGUGUUUGCGGAGGACAGCCUGCCGGAGCUGCUCAAGCAGACCGACGCGCUGGUCAUGAUCCUGCCCGGCAGCGCGAGCACCAAGCACGCCCUCAACGCCGACCGCCUGGCGCUGCUGCCUAACCACGCCUGGAUCGUCAACGUCGGCCGCGGCACCUCGGUCGACGAGGACGCCCUGGCCGCGGCCCUCGCCGACCGGACCAUCGGCGGCGCCGCCCUCGACGUCUUCGAGACCGAGCCCCUGCCCCAGGACAGCAAGCUGUGGCACGCCCCCAACUGCGUCGUCAGCCCCCACGCCGCCGGCGGCAGGCCCCAGGAGGCCGAGAAGCUGAUCGCCGCCAACCUGCGCCGCUUCUUGGCCGGCCAGGAGUUGCAGAACGUCAUCUAAUUCCAGCUGGAUAUCCCUGGG